CCCUCGGUAAUUAUUUGGGUUCGAUUCCCGCUCGACGCACCAAGUUCUCCGGCGAUGGCGAAGAAGCGGAGGGUGCCGGAGGUUUUGUGGAGGCUAUUCCGCAACCGCGCUCGAGACCUAGCCCACACCAUCAUCUCCCUGCUUCCACCGCCACCGCCGUCGCCAGCCGAGUGCCUCUGCAAGGGGCGGCAGUGCCUCGGCUGCAGCGGCGAUCGCGCCAUGUCGUUUCUACUCCGGCAGGACGACCCGGCCGACUAUCGGAAGCUCGUAACUCAGUGCUUUAUUGUUGUUUCAGACAAUGCGCCUCCGCUUGAGUUCUCUCCCGAGCGUCGGUGGUCCCAGCGCCAGAUUGUUGAGGGCACUAUUCAGCUGAUAAUAUCAGAGCAAGCCUCAUCGAUUAAUGCCUUAUGCUCUAAUUAUCGUUGUCCUUCAAGUCCUGGUGUAGAGCUUCUUACGUCUUCAGCAUGGUGCCUUCUCUUAAGAAGGGUCGGGGAUGGAAUCAUGAUCUAUUUGCUAAAGCAUGCCUCAAUCUUUUUACCGCUACCUCGAAAUAAACACUAUCAGGUGGCUGGUUUUCCCAUCAGUGAGUUCUGCUUUAAACCAAAGCAUAUAUCAAAGCCCAAAUAUCAACAUUCUGCCCUUGUCCUAGAAUCUGGAAAAAAGAGGAAAAGAGUUGACGAAGUUGGCUCAAUGCCAGAGAAAGAGCAUCCCAGAGGUGAUUUUAGUGAGAAGGUUCGCUCAAGUCUCGUCAGUUGUUCUGGUUGUGACGGUACAAGUCAUUCAACAUCGUGCACAAGGAUUUGGGGGAAAAAGAACUGCAUGGGGAUUUUUUCUGGACAGGUGAAAGAAAGUACUGGAAAUGAGAAUACUAAUAAUGACCAAAAUUCAAAUGGGAAACAUCUAGAAUGCUCAAACCAGAUUAUGGCUAAGCCUAGAAAGCGCCACAGACAGUUUAGUUGGCAGCGCAACUGGAAGCAUAGGCAAUUGGAUUCUCAAGAGCAAUAUUCCCUACCCCAAUUUACGGGCAAAGGAGAUAGAUCAUCUGGGAGGCCUCUGUCUGGUAUUAAAACGAGUAUGCCAUUGCAGUGCACCUGUUGUUUGGUGCUGCAAAAUCUCCAGUAUGUUGCUAGAGAAGCUCACAUUGAUAGGCAAUCCAUGUUCUAUAAAUUGGAGUGUUCUUCGUUAGUUUUCCCUAGAAAGCAUAUUUUGAACUCCUUGAAGCCCAAUAUCUCUGGUGCCUAUGUUCUUUUUAAGGAUAUAUUCGGGCUAUCUGAUAACACUAUUGGUGCUCUUUCAAAGCCAUGCUUCCACAGCAGUAAUUGCUGUCUCAUUAACCGCACAUGCCUAUUUCACUCACUUCUUAAGUUGCUUAAAAAUCUCAUACGCAAGGCUCAGCAUUGCCAGCAUCUGAAGUUAUUGGAAAAACACUGUUCGAUUCCAUCAGACCAAAAUUAUGAAGCAAGAACUUGCUCCAUCUAUAAGGCCAAUGAAUUUCAACCACUUCCUCUAGAGAAACAAUGUACUGGAUUUCAGCGAGUUGGCAACUUGCCAUGUACUAAAUUCAGUCAUUUUGAUACUAGUGUCAGUGUAUGUGCUUCAGAAAUGAAGCAUCAUUCUGUGCCAAGUAAAGCUUAUUGUCUUAAAAAGCAGGUGGUGUCAUUUUUAUGGGCUGUUUGCAGGAGUAUAGUUCCUCCAGAGUUGCUUGGUGCUUCUUCUAAUUGGAGAAUUUUAAGAAGGAAUAUCUCCAGGUUUAUUUUGCUUCGAAGAUUUGAGAAGUUUUCCUUAAAGCAGUGUAUACAUAAGCUGAAAACAUCAAUGUUCCUGUUGCUAUCAAAUAAACACUCUUCAUGCUACUCAAGUGACGAUGUGCUGAAAUGCAGAAAAGAGCAGAAUGCUGAUAUGCCUAGGAGAUACAGUCAAGUAAAUAAUGUCACUGAUACUGUGAAACACAAAAUUGUAGAAAAGUGGAUAUUUUGGUUCUUUUCAUUUCUAGUUGUGCCUUUGGUGCAAGCCAACUUCUAUGUCACAGAAAGUGAGCAUGGUAAACAAGAUAUAUUUUAUUAUCAGAAAUCAAUCUGGGAGAAGGUAACCAAUGGAGCUAUUACCUACCUAAAAGAUCAGAGCUAUCGUCCAUUAAGUGAUGUAUUGGCUACCAACAUUAUAUGCAGAAGAACAUUUGGUUUCUCCAGGAUUAGACUUCGUCCCAAAGAAAAUGGAGUAAGGAUACUAGCAAAUCUCAAAGUACCAUCAAGAAUACCGGUAAAAGGAUGUUCUUUGAAAGGUCAAUCCUAUGAGUCUCUGCAAAAGGUUUCUUUAUUUCCAAAGCAUGUUAAAUACACCUAUUUCAAGUCUGUGAAUAGUGUCCUGCACAAUUUGCAUGCUGUCCUAAAAGGUUUACAGGUGACAGAACCAGAGAAGCUAGGCUCAUCUGUGUUCGAUUACAGUGAUAUCUACAGAAAACUUUGCCCUUUCUUGUCAGUUCUGAAGAAUGUAUCAACCAGUAUGCCUGCAGUAUUCAUUGUUGUCUCUGAUGUAUCUAAAGCAUAUGAUUCUGUUAAUCAGGAUAAGUUGCUAAGUGUAAUGAAGGAUGUCAUACAUGAUGAUGAAUAUCUUAUAAAGAAGUCUCAUCAAGUUGUAUGUGCAAAAAAAUCUUUAUGGGUUCGUCAGAACCUAAUCCAAGCAGACCUAGGAAGCAGCAGUGGCUCUACAAAAUUACUAGCGCCUUCUCCUUCAAACUGUACAUUGCAUGGUGUAAUUGUUAAUCAGGUUUGGAGCAACGCAAGGAAGAAAGACCUUUUCUUUAUUCUAAAUGAGCACGUGAAGCACAAUGUGCUGCAAUGGAAUAAACAAUAUUACUUACAAGAUGUUGGUAUAUCCCAAGGAAGUGUUCUGUCUUCUUUGCUUUGUUCAUUUUACUAUGGGCAUCUGGAAAGGAAUGUUAUACUUCCAUUUCUUCAGAAGACACCAGAAACUGCAACUGGAGAUUUCUCAGGGUCUGCAGGAGUAAAUAACAGUGACCUUGAUGUCACUUUGUCAUCUCCUAAAUAUAUUCUACUCAGGUUUAUUGAUGACUUUCUUUUUAUAUCAACGUCAAAGAAACAGGCUGCUAGUUUCUUCUCCAGGUUAAAAAGAGGCUUCCGAGAAUACAACUGCUACAUGAAUGAGGAAAAAUUUGGUGUAAAUUUUGAUAUUGACCAGGUACUGAGGCAUACAUCAAAUCGGAUGUACACAGGGGAAGAUGGUAUCCCCUUUCUUCGUUGGAGUGGCUUGUUUAUCAACUGCUGCACUUUAGAAGUUCAGGCGGACUACACAAGGUAUCUGAAUAUGCAUUUAAGUUCAACUCUUACUGUCUGCUGGCAAGGAAAACCUGCUCGUCAUUUGAAGGAAAAGUUGUGCCAUUUUCUUCGACCUAAAUGCCAUCCCAUAUUCUAUGACUCUAAUAUCAAUUCAGCAGCCGCUGUCAGAUUGAACGUCUAUCAAGCUUUUCUGCUUUCUGCAAUGAAGUUCCAUUGCUAUGUCUAUGACUUGUCCAGCACCUGCAGGCUUACUGCAAAUUCACACCUGGGCAUUAUCGAAAGGUCCUUGAGGUACUUGUACAAACUCAUGAAGAAAAGGAUGCACUUUAUGGAUCUGAAUUCUAACAUCCACCCAAUUUUCGAAGUGGAGAGGAGAGAAGUUGAAUGGCUUGGACUCAAGGCUUAUGUUCGGGUGUUGAAAAGGAAACAAUCACGGCAUAGAGAGUUGUUACGCUUGUUGAGGACUAAGUUGGCAGCAAGCGAGAAGAGAAGUACUGUUUCGUCGGUUCUGAAGUAUGCUGUUGAUGAUUCUCAUUCUUCAGUGAUGUGGAAAAUCAAAUACUAGAUCUGUGGAUGUACUUGUACUAGGUGGUUUGUCAUGAUAGACUUGCUCGGUUGUGCCCCAUUUUGGAAGAAGAAACUUGCAGCUGGAACCAUGUCUUAUCUUCUUCAGAGCCUUUUGCCUACUUUCCUUUUUGUCCUUCAUUUCUUAACUGCUUGAAAACAGAACAAAAGCUUGCAUGUAAUGUAUGGUCAAGUGGAAAAUCAAGUCUUUCUCAUGUAGUCUUGUGGUACUUCUGCCGCUGCUGCUUACAUGACAUGGGGAUGGGGAUGAAAUUAUAAAUGAUUCAGUAUUAUGCGAGGCUUUUUGGUACAGAUAUGGUAUAUAAUAUAUAUAUUUAGGGGCUAUUAACUUUAAUUUUUACCUUUGAUUUAAUUUCAUAAGUGGUACUUAUUGAAGAUGAAAUGUGAAGAUCAGUAGGACCUUUUGUUUUUAUGAGACGAGGGAAUGAAAUAGAGAAAAUUUAUAAUAAAAGAAAAAGAAAAAGAAUGAUUAAAGAAGUUUUGAUUGAUACAAAUUGUUUAGACGAUAUAUAAUAUAAUAUAAUGGAGUCAUAGAAGACUUCCAUCCUCA